GCUGGGAGCCGUUGGGGGUGCAGCUAAGAUAAAUACAGCAAAGACUGGGAGAUAUCGGAUACCCGCACAAAGGUUAUUCAAAAUUAGUUCUCAUGUCGGCAGAAAGCUCAACCAUCACGGUUCGUCUUGUUCGCUCUUUCGAGCACCGGAAUUUCAGACCUGUGGUGUAUCAUGGAGUUAACUUGAAUCAGACAGUGAAGCAGUUCAUUACUUUUGUACAGAAGGAUGUGCCUUCAAGAGCAGGACUUCCUCCUCCUUUUAAAAAUUACAAGUACGAUACAAUGAAGAUUAUUCACCAAGCACACAAAUCAAAGACUGGUGAACUCGUAGUGAGUUUGGAAGAUGAUGACAAACUGAUUUUGAAAGAAGAGAGUACGCUGAAAGCAGCUGGAGUAGGUGGGUGCUGACACCACCAGGAAAGGAGGAAUUGUUACUGACUGAGGAACUGGAGGAAAAGCAAGAGAAGAGGGCAGGUAGCUUCACCGGGAAUGGAUCACAGAAGGACAGUGACUACGGUGAUCAUGUUGCCUUAUGAACGCAGCCCUUGGUUUACUCAAACACAAUAUAUGUCCUUUGGGGUAUGUUCAAGGUAUGUGAUGCACAUACCUGCUCUGCUGAGCAGCUGUGAUGGGCAGGAGAGGUGUCUGGGGAGGAAACUCCUCUGGGUAAAACAACAGCACAUCAUAAUUCCCCAGUAGGUUCUCCAGGAUGAGGGAAGCAUGGUGCAGGGGUGCACACCAUGCACACAGGACCCCAGCGACUCAGCGUGUGCCAGACGAGUGCACCCAGCAAAUAUUUCACCACUGACCCACCAGCCAUCCUGUGCCCUGCUGCAUGCUGUGCUUGUGAUGGUGGAGGGCCUCUGGCUGGCCACGGGAAUUGGUGCUGUCUGGCUUUUAGGUUCUGUCCAGCUGGGAUCCCUCUUUCACGGGCUUUAAUGCAUUUUUUUAAUGGGAGAUCUACUGGAGCACUACCUCCUGCACCCACCUUUGGCAAGAACAUCCCUGCGCUAAGAAGUUCAUUUAUUCUAAGUAACUGAAGAGGUGCAGGUUGGUAUCUGCUAGUGAUGAUCAGUGGUUGGGAUUAGCGUACUUCUGUGGUGGACACAUUAUCUACAGACCCCCAUUCCUGAAGCCUGCGGUCUGUGGGUAACUCUUAGGACAUUUUUGCAAAGACUACGACGGUGUAUUGAUAUGAACUAAACUGAAAUGCAUAUGCAAGUGUUAUCCCAAUUGAGUCUUUAGACAGACUCACUGAAAAUCUGAGAACCUGGAAAAAGACGGAAGGAGUUUAUGUCUGAACUCCUUAAACCCUAGCCAAAAUUUUCAAAAAUGUUCAAUUGAUUUGGGCACCAAAGUACCUAAGGGCUUUUGAAAUGGGAUGUAAGCACCCACAUCACUGACAUGCUUUCCAAACAUUUUAUCCUUUAAUUUAAGCUACAUUUCACUUAGAUGCAGACGGAAGGCAGCUUAGUCCACUGCAGGGGAAGCAACCCUGUGAAGAAGCAGUAACUUAAAGUUUAGAAAUAAUUAGCACUUGCCUCCAUUGUGAGGUUGGCAGGAAAGGUAAUUCUAAUUGGUGAUGGUAAACAUCUAUAUAACUAAUUGGUGGGUUUUAAUUCUUGUUAUGUGACAUCCCAUAGCCACGGCUGCCCGUGCCUUUCACACCUCUCCGGAAAGCCGGCUUGGUUGGCCUACUUCUUCCACCAUCGGAAAAGAUGUGUUUCCCAUGAAUCUAAAGCUGCUUCUAUUUAUGGGUGUAAUGCUACAAGGUCGCAGUCAAAGCAUAGUUCCUGACAAUAGAAAGCAAAACAAACAAAAAGCAAAAAUAAAAACCAAACCAAACAAAAAUUAUGCUUUCAAGAAGCAUGUUUUCCUGAGGCACGCUGUGUUUUCUUUUUAAACAAAGACUUGUUGAGUCACCAACAUUUUCUUCUCUACAGUUAUGGAGGAAAUCAAAUAUGUGCAGUGAGUAUCGGAUCCUGUAUUACUGUACAUUUGUUUUAUAGCAAAUGAGAUUUUAAGAGAGGAGAAGUCUUAAGCCUGAUGUAGUAUUUAAAUCUUGUUAGCCCUCCAUCUCCUCAGCCCGCAGGAUAAUGAUACUGCAGACGAUGGCCUUCCUCUCUCGCCAUCUCAGUUUUGAUUUCUCUCCAUGGGAGACAUUUUCCAAUGCACCAGUUUUACCUAGACCACACGGAUGGCAGUGAUCUGGGGUUCUUGGUACACAUCCAUCCUCUGCCCAGCUCUGCAGGGUGCAGGCCUCUGGGCUGUCCCCAAAACGGGGCUGUCGUGGCCCCGUGCUGUCCCAGCAAGGGUCACAGGGCAGGGACAUUCCCAUGCCGGGUCACCUUGCCUAUGGGACAGUCCUACUUGAAUGCUGCCUCUCCAGCUCCUUCACAGCUUUUGCUGUUCAGCACUCUGACACGGGGCAAACGCCGAAGCCGCCCCAUGGAGCAUCCAACCCUGCAGCCUUUUAGGAACCCUACACAGGCAAGGAAGCUUGGCAGCCGCUCCCCGCUCACCCUUGGGGGACUGAGAUUUAUUUAUUUUUAAUAUCUCAG